UUAUUUUAUUUUUUUUUUGUUGUUUGUUUUUCAUUCCUAGAUGCCCCGUGCCAAGUCCCACCGGCGGGCCCAGGCCCUGAAGCGGAGGAUGGCGCAGCCGCAGCCAUGGACCCCCCAGCCGCCUGUCCCCGAGUUCGUUGCUCGGCGCGGUACAGGGUACCGCCAUCGCGUGCGGAGAUGGCCGACUUCGAAGCUGACCCAGCGGAGCUUCAAGUUGGUCACUCCUGCCCUGCAGCCGGACCAGAAGAUGGUGUUCGUCGUGGGAGACUCCCACCUGCGGGCCAUGGUGGAUGGGAUCGUCGCGAUGCCGGAGGUACCUCUGUGUUUUUCUUUUCUCUCUGUUCCAGGUGCGCAUGCAGCAGAGCUGAGGACGGAGGUGUCCCACGCCGCUCUCCCCUGGACCCCGGACGUGGUGUGUGUGCUCGCCCCGAGCAACAACCUGACAGCCAGCAGGAACAUCGGAGAGGCGUCGCUGGACUUCGGUGCUCUCCUGGCUACAGUUUGCAACCGCUGGGCGAAGGUGUUCGUGCUGGAUUUCCCUCCACGCUUGAACAUCGAGCCUGGCCUGCAGGAGCUGUUCCGCCAGGAGUUCCGCCGUGUCGCAGCACGCAUGGGUCUCCCAUACGUGUCUGUGGCAGAGCACCUCCCGAUGGACCGUUUGGAGCUCGACAGUGACGGAACGCCGAUCCUCGUCCAGGCCCUGUGGGACGCCGCGGUCCGCCAGCUGACUCCUCCUCCUCCUCCUCCUCCCUCGGUGCCCCCCCGGACAUCGCCUCGUGCCAGGGUCUCCCCCGUGCUGGUUGUGACAGGACACAGCCCCGCGCCCCGCCACCGUGACCCACUGGAGUGGACCGUCGUCGGACAGGAGGGCAAGAUUCGAGCAUCUCCGGUGCAAGAGUCUGUCCUCCCGUCCAACCCCGUCUGGUUCAGCGGCGACAUCCUGGAGGCCAUGGAGAGGGUUUCGCCAUCCUCGGACAGCGACGUCACUUCACUUCUGCCAGCUGGCCAGACUUCCCGUGUGAGGCGUUCGCCGAAAGGUGUUGCCACAAGGCGUAGAGGAGGAAAGCGGCAGGUGCUGGCAACACCUUCACCUGCCCGUGUCACCGUGCCUGCCUCCGGGCCCAGACCAGCGGUGCAGCAGGUGGAGGCGACAGCCCAGGAGUCGGCCAGCGAGGUGCCGGGGGUGGUCGUCGGUCGGGAGGAGGUCGCCGCAGCGGGCCCUGCUGUCCCAGAGGAGCGACAGAAGAUCUUCAAAGCUAAGGCUGUUUUUGUUCCUUCUAUUUGUGUUAGUGAUGUUCAGUCAGAGUCUAGCGCUAAUGCUGUGGCAACAGGGUCUAACAUAGAUAGCAGCAGGAUUAGGCUAGCUAAAGUUGUGCGCGGGUCGUUUCAUCAGGGAAAUGCCCGAUUUGUGUAUGGUGGAGUGCAGUGUAUGGCUAUAGCUUUGGUCAGCUUAGCCAAACACACGGUGAGGAGCGCGUUCUCGUGGGACAGGCUGGAUCUGGAUCGCGCGUUGGUUGAAGGUGAUGAGUUGUACACGAGUUUGCGUGACCUCAACAUCUUCAGCCAUGUGUCUAAUCUGCUGUCUGUGCCAGAUUUGCCACAGCAGUUGGAAUUAGAUGGACAGUUGUUUAGGUUCGGUUUUGGUGACACGGUGUUAGGCGAAGUAGGCGUGACCGAAGGUGAAUACAUCGACUUCGGUGUAUUCAUCAGCUUGCGUAAUGGACUGGAGAGAAUCUUCAGUCAAUACACCACAUGUCUUUUGACAAUGUGCGGAAACACCACUGCCAUCGUGCGUGAGGGUGGACGGUUCGCUGUGGUCGACAGUCACUCACGCAGUAGCACUGGCUUGUUACACCACAACGGUACAAGCGUGGUUCUGCAUUUUGCCUGUCUUGACGACCUGCACCACUACAUCUGUCGUUUGGCUGACAGUCUCCGUUCGAGGGAGAAGCUCUUUGAGCUGUGUGGUGUGACGGUCAGCACGGUUUCUCCAGCGAGAUUGUUUUUUAGAUAUCAGGUGGUUAGUUGUGAUAGGGAAUCUUAUAGGCAAAGUUCAGCGACAGCGGCUGUGGCAGGUAGGUGUAUAGGCCAGCAAUAUUUGCAUAGGUGUAGUGGUGAGUGUGUUGCGCCGUGUUUGUUGGAUUCAGCGCGUGGUCACUUGUGGAUUUGUUACACGUGUGAUCGUAAGCUUAGUUCAGGUGAGAUGCCAGCUGAAUGCUGGGUUAAUAACUUGGAGCUUGAUCCCAUUCCUGCUGAACUGGGAUCUUUGAAUAGUUUAGAACAGCAUCUUAUUGCGUUACACAUUCCAUUCAUGAAAAUGUUGGCACUGCCUAAAGGCGGGCAGAAUGGAGUACAUGGACCAGUGACAUGUGUUCCAGCCAACAUUGUUCAGACUGUGAAUGUGUUGCCACGUUCGAGUAUGGAAGGGUCUCUGCUUCAGGUUAAGCUGAAGCGGAAACUCACAUAUAAAGGGCAUUACGAGUACCAGUUUGUGGAUACGUUGCGUGUAAGACAGGCGCUAGAGUAUUUGAAGAGGACGAAUGUUUAUUAUAGAGAUAUUGAAUUUAAUGAGCACUGGGUAAAUGAGUUUGUUAGGGAGGAAGAUAGGGAGAAGGAAGAGGCCGAGUCAGGCAGUGAGGAUGAGGCUGAGGUUAGGUUAGGUCAGGUUACGGUUCAGAGUGAAAUGUGUGAGCUAGCGGAAUCAGCAGACAUAGGACAGGAUGAACUGUUACAUGACAGACAACAGCACUGCAUGUUUCAGGACACUUGUCUUAUGCCUGUUGAUAUUGGUCAGGAAGCUUUAGAUCAGUAUUUUAAGGAUAUUUUGAAUAUUGCGCCUGCAGAAGGAAAUAGUCCAGUUAGAAUGCUUUCUGACCACACGAAUGAGGCAAAGUGUUUCCCGGUGUUGUUUCCCACGGGUGGUAAGACGUUUCACGACGGUCGGUGGCGCGACUUGACGUUGGCGCGUUAUCUUAAUAAUAGGAUUAUGCAUGCCGACGGUCGUUUUGCGCGUAAUGUAGAAUAUAUAUUUUUUGCGCAGUAUGUGUCGGAGUUGGACAAGGUUGUGUCCAGUGUUUCUGUUGCGUUGCGUAAAGAUAAAGGAGGUCAGAGGCCUCAACGGGUUAGCGAGGAAAUGUUGGCAGAUGCGGACGCCUUGAAGCAGUUGUUGGCGUGUGAUGAUGGGUUUAGGUUUCUUAAACCCAUCAGAGGAACUCCGGCCUUCUGGCAGUCUGUCCAGAAGGACGUGAUGGCUUGUGUGCGUCAGUUAGGUAUUCCGACGUGGUUUUGCUCGUUUUCGUCUGCGGAUAUGCGCUGGCAGAAUCUUCUGACCAGCAUCCUGAAACAGGAAGGCAGAUCGCAGACGGUAGAGGAUUUGGAGUGGGCAGAUAGGUGCGCGUUGUUGCGACGUAAUCCUGUGACCGCGGCGCGGAUGUUUGACUACAGGUGGCAUUGUUUUCUGAAAGAGGUUCUCAUGUCUCCCUGUCAACCAAUCGGCAAGAUCGUUGAUUACUUUUAUAGGGUAGAAUUUCAACAGAGAGGCUCACCACAUGUACAUUGUUUGUUUUGGAUCGAGGGUGCUCCCCAAAUUGAUAAAAACACAGACGAGGAAGUUAUAGAAUUUAUUGACCGUUACGUUACGUGUGAGCUACCCUCAGAUGAUGACACACUAUUGGACACGGUGUCAUCUGUUCAAACACAUUCCAAACGACAUUCAAAGUCAUGCAGAAAACACAAAACGACAUGUCGUUUCAAUUUUCCAAAACCUGUUUCUGCGCGCACAUUCAUUUGUAGAAUGCGGGAGUGCAAGUGUAAUAAGAACAAGAAGACAGGUGAGGCUGAAUCUAAUUCAGAAAACAAGCCAGCCUGUAAAUGUUUUGAGGAUAGGGAUAGGAUGCCAAAAGAGUUUGCUCAUAAAAUUCUUGAAGAUGUUAAAAAAGCUGUGGAACGCGAUGUGCCUCCUGCUAGUGUAGAGGAUUUGUUUUGUAGUUUGCGCAUUAAUCAGGAGAUUUUUGAGCGGGCUUAUAGGCUUUUAGAAAAGAAACAUAAGGUUGUCUAUAGGAGAGGGGUGAACGAGGUUUGGGUAAAUCAGUAUAGUAAGCAGUUGUUGAAGUGCUGGAACGCAAACAUGGACAUUAGCUUUGUCACCGACGCCUACGCAGUAGUGAUAUACAUAAUAUCGUAUAUUACGAAAGCAGAGAGAGAAAUUGGCCUCCUAUUGACUAAUGCCCAAAAAGAAGCAAAAAAACAAGGGAAUCUCUCUGCCAAAGAAGCCCUGCGGAAGCUGGGCAGUGUAUAUUUACACAAUAGGGAUGUUUGUGCGCAGGAGGCGGUGUAUAGGCUAACGAACAUGCACCUUAGGGAGUGUUCCAGAAAGGUUGUGUUUGUGCCGACAGGCAGUAGAAUAGUUAGGAUGAGUUUGCCCCUCAGUGUGUUGAGGCAGAUGGCGGCCUCCCGUGAUCUACGGGAGGAGGAUAUGUUUAUGAUUAGUAUAGUAGAUAGGUAUAGGAAUAGGCCUGACAGCGUAGUGUUUGAUAACAUGUGUAUGGCUACCUUUGCAUCUGAGUAUCGUGUUCUCAGCAAAAAUGAGAUGUCUAAAGACAGAAUUGAACUGAAGAAUGACUUAGGAUUCAUUCUUAGGAGAACACGCACUCAGUUUGCAGUGGUGCGAUACAUGCGUUUUAAUUUGGAUAGAGAGGAGGAGGCACAUUUUCAGAGCCUGUUGCAGUUGUUUCUUCCUUAUAGAACUGACUCAGACCUCAAACCUGAUGGCUUUGAGCUGUUUGAGCAGUUUUAUAACGAUGGUGAGGUGAUGUUUAGCGACGGCUCUGUACAUUCGGUUUGCGAUGUUGUUGACGCGAAUAGGGCAAGGUUUGAGGUUAAUUGUCCUCACCUUGAGUUAGCCCAGGAGAUAGCUGCGCAAAACAACGGUGUAGAUGAGGAUGUUUGGGGUGAGCUUUGUCCUGAACAGGAAGCGGAACGCCUUGAGGGUUUAGAGGAGAUGAGGCAGCAGCGGGAAGGUGAGUUAGCUGAGGAACAGUUAGUUGAGUCGUUAGUGAAUGUGCCAGAUUUGAUUGUUGGUGGCAGACAGGUAGCGCGGUUAGAGAGAAACAGGUCCAUUUUAUCUAGAACUGAGGGUUUGGCGCUUGUUAGGUCUCUGAAUGAGACACAGCUUGCUGUUUUUUAUAGGGUGAGACACUGGUGUCUGCAGAAGGUGAUGGGUAAAAACCCAGAGCCUCUGCGUGUGUUUGUGACAGGUGGUGCAGGGACGGGGAAGAGUCAUUUAAUUAGGGCUAUUCAGUAUGAAGCAGCGCGGCUGCUGUCAACGCUUUGUGAUCAACCAGACGAUAUCUGUAUUUUGUUAACUGCUCCAACAGGAAUAGCUGCAUACAAUUUGAAUGCAGCAACAAUUCAUCACACAUUGAGUAUUGGCAAACAGGCUAGUUUACCUUACACCCCUCUGGGUGAAGAUAAACUAAACUCUUUGCGGGCAAAAUUAAGUCACCUCCAAAUUUUAAUCAUAGACGAAAUCAGUAUGGUUAAUCACAACCUGUUGGCUUAUGUCCACGGUAGGUUAAGGCAGAUAAAACAGACAGGCGACUUUUCCCCGUUUGGUAAUGUUAGCGUGAUAGCUGUCGGGGACUUCUAUCAGUUGCCUCCUGUUAAAGGGAAGCCUCUGUAUAGUAGUCCUGUUGGUGUGGACCUGUGGUGUAAUUUCAGCAUCGUGGAGCUGAAAAAGAUAGUUAGACAGAAGGAUAGUGUUUUUGCAGAGAUGCUUAAUAGGUUAAGAGUGCGUUCCAGGGCCACCCCAAUGUUAGAUAGCGACGUUGAAAUGUUGAAGAUGCGCGAGACCGGCGAGGUGAGCUCAGCCUUGCAUAUCUUUGCGACGAAUAGGCAAGUAAGUGAGCACAACCUAAAUUAUCUGUUUGACUGUUGUCCUGAUUAUGUCACCAUUGAGGCGCAGGAUUUUGUGACUAACAGGACAACAGGGAAUUUGGAACGGAUGCCCGGGCAUCACGGCGUUGCGGCGGACACGUCUCUACCGGAGACUUUGUGUAUAGCGAGGAACGCGCGAGUGAUGUUGUGCAAGAACGUGGAUGUUGCGGACGGCCUGGUCAAUGGAGCAUGUGGCACGGUUACUCAGGUAGUUUUUGGAGAGGAUUCCACGUUUCCUCUCACCGUGUAUGUUAGAUUUGAUGAUGAGAAAAUUGGUUCAGAUAGGAGGAAAAACCGUGCACAUGCAGCAGUAGAAUGCCUGCAGUCUACUGCCAUUGAUCCAGAGGAGGAUAGAGCCACCAAGCGUGGCGGUUUGCGUCGUCAGUUUCCUCUGAGGUUAGCGUGGGCUUGCACUGUUCACAAAGUGCAAGGACUCACUGUGGACGAGGCGGUAGUGUCUUUGAAGAGGGUGUUUGCACCGGGGCAGGCAUAUGUAGCGCUUAGUCGCGUUAGGGCCUUGUCUGGACUGAUCAUCGAGGAUUUUACAGAGAGGGCAAUUUAUUGCAAGGACGCCAUAAAGGAGGCCUUGGAUAGCAUGCCUCCAUUUUUGAUUGAGCAGCCAGAGCCUUCAUUAAAUGCACACAGUUUCUCUGUGUAUUUAAUGAACGUUCAAAAUUUAAGUCGCCACUUGUUAGAUUUGGUGUCUUGCACGCAGCAUUUACAGCUUACCUGUAUUGCUGUGACAGAAACGUGGCUCACUGCACAGUCCUCAUUAGACAGUGUCCAAAUUGAAGGUUACACUUUCCACAAUCGUCCUCGUGGCUUGUGUUACAGCAGCAGUAACCCCAAAUUGUUAGAGCUAAAGAAUCUAGAACACGGUGGAGUUGGUUUGUAUAGCGUAGACAAUUUGGACUGUGAUAUUCUGCAGGUGCCCGAUUUGAAUCUGGAGUGUUUGGUGUGCCUGUGCAACAAAUUCAACAUAUUGUUGGCAGUAAUUUAUCGUCCACCGUGUUAUCCAAUUUCUUUAUUCAAACAAAAUCUGGGGAAGUUACUUGAUUGGUUAAAUCCAAUCAGUAACACAAUUGUAAUAAUGGGGGAUUUCAAUGAGAACAUUUUAAAAACAUCAUCAAUUUGCAAAUUCAUGGGUGAAAAAGGUUUUAGUCAACAUGUAACACAAGAGACUACAGAGAAGGGGACACUAAUUGAUCACGUUUAUGUUAAAACAACACAGUAUAAUGUGAACUGUGCAGUGAUGCCUACGUAUUUUAGUGAUCAUGAAGGUGUUUUGUGUAGCUUUAGUGUUUACGAUGAUCAGGGGUUAGGUGUUGACUUGGAGGAGGUAGAGGGCCUCUUCGAGUCAGACGCGGAUUUUGAUGAGGGUUAG